AUGGGGAACUCUAUAUCAAAGGUAAUGGUAAAGAUGUUCGGGUACCGAGAAAUGAAGAUUCUGAUGCUCGGGCUCGAUAACGCUGGUAAAACAACAAUUCUGUACAAGCUCAAACUCAAUAAAAUCAAGACAUCGGCCCCCACUGUGGGAUUCAACGUGGAAACAGUUUCGUUCAGAAACGUCAAGUUCAACAUGUGGGAUGUUGGUGGGCAAGAUCGACUCAGGCCGCUCUGGAGACACUAUUUCCCGGCCACUACGGCGCUCAUCUUCGUGCUGGACUCGCAGGACUCUGCCAGACUCAACGAGGCCAAGGAAGAGCUAUACAGCAUCAUCAGUGAUAAGGAAAUGGAGGACGUGGUGCUUCUGGUGCUGGCCAACAAGCAGGAUUUGAAGGGUGCAAUGGGUCCGCAGCAAAUUUCUGACUAUCUGGAGCUCAACGACCAUCUGGAUAACCAAUUGUGGUGCGUCAUCGGAAGCAACGCGCUGACGGGCCAGGGUCUAGUGGAAGGGCUGUCAUGGAUCACCAAUAACACAAAAGCUAAAGACAAGAAAUGA